CGCUUUCUCUCUCUGGGCGGGAGGAGGAAGGAGGAGGAGGAGGGAGGAUUACACUCUUGCUCGCCGCGACUCUUUGUUCUUCUUUUCCCACAGUCUGCGCAUGCGCCAUAUGUCUCCUUCAUUGUGCCCUGUCUGAAGCUAAGCUAGCUGUCAGUCCGCUCCUGCAGCAUCACACCAGGGACCCUCCACAAGCUCUGCAGACGCCCUUUGCACACAUUAGCACCGCACGAUGGCCGUCCCUCCUUCAUACUCAGACUUGGGCAAAGCUGCCAAGGAUAUCUUCAGCAAGGGCUAUGGCUUUGGUGUUGUGAAGCUGGACCUCAAGACCAAAUCACAAAGUGGAGUGGAGUUCAACACAUCUGGCUCCAGUAACACAGACACAGGAAAGGCUGCCGGGAGCCUGGAGACCAAAUACAAGAUGAAGGAGCUCGGCCUGAGCUUCAACCAGAAGUGGAACACAGAUAACACGCUGGCGACCGAAGUCACUGUGGAGGAUCAGCUGGCUCAAGGAUUGAAGGUUGCCUUGGAUACGUCUUUUGUACCAAACACAGGUAAGAAGAGCGGCAAGCUGAAGUCGGGCUACAAGCGCGACUACGUCAACCUGGGCUGCGACGUGGACUUCGAGGGUCCCAUCAUCCACGCCACGGCCGUGCUGGGCUACGAGGGCUGGCUGGCCGGCUACCAGAUGGCCUUCGACACGGCCAAGUCCAAACUGGCCCAGAACAACUUCGCUCUGGGAUACCGGGCCGGAGACUUCCAGCUGCACACCAACGUUAACGACGGGACCGAGUUCGGCGGCUCCAUCUACCAGAAGGUGAACGACGAGCUGGAGACAGCGGUCACUCUGGCUUGGACCGCCGGCAGCAACAACACUCGCUUCGGCAUCGCAGCCAAAUACAAGCUGGACAAAGACACCUCUCUGUCUGCCAAAGUGAAUAACGCCAGUCUGAUCGGAGUUGGAUACACCCAGAGCCUCCGGCCAGGUAAGCUUUAG